AGGAUGGAACUGAAAUACAGAUACGUGUUGACUAAGGAGUUGGAGUAAGACUGAGUCCUGCUCUGUGAUAUUUAUAUACCUGGACCAUGAACUUGCUGUUUGGUUUUAUGCUUUAGGAACCUUUGUAGUAACUGUGUGAAGCUGUUGGGAAUCAUGGCAUUCUCUCCAUGGAAACUGUCCUCUCAGAAACUCGGCUUUUUUCUGGUGACUUUUGGUUUCAUUUGGGGAAUGAUGCUUCUGCAUUUUACUAUUCAGCAGCAAACACAACACGAAAGCAGUUCAGUCCUGCGUGAGCAAAUUUUGGAUCUCAGCAAAAGAUACAUCAAAGCAUUAGCUGAAGAAAAUAAAAACGUGGUUGAUGGGCCUUAUGUUGGGACAGUGACAGCAUAUGAUUUGAAGAAGACUCUUGCUGUCUUGUUGGAUAAUAUCUUGCAGCGCAUUGGGAAGCUAGAGUCCAAGGUGGAAAAUCUCGUAGUUAAUGGAACAGGAGCAAACUCUACCAACAAUACUACCACUCCUGCUCCCAGCUUAGGAGCAGUCGAAAAACUUAAUGUAGCAGAUCUCAUAAAUGGAGCCCAAGAGCAGUGUGAAUUGCCUCCUAUGGAUGGUUUUCCUCACUGUGAAGGGAAAAUAAAGUGGAUGAAAGAUAUGUGGCGAUCAGAUCCCUGUUACGCAAGUUAUGGUGUAGAUGGGUCCACGUGCUCCUUUUUUAUUUACCUCAGUGAG